CGAUUGGUGAAUUGCAUCUGACGUCACGUCGGUUAGAGUGGGGUUGGCACCAGGAGGUGAUCUAGACGGAGUGCUCCUAUUCAGGGCCACACAGUGGGUUCGUUCCUUGUUCAGUGUGUUUCUAGCUAAUUUUUUUUCAAAGGGAAAAAAAGAUCCUCAAAGUAAAGACACCAUGGUUGACGCUGCAGUCCUUGAAAAACUCGAAGCUGGCUUCAAGAAACUUGAAGCCUCCGACUCGAAGUCUCUCUUGAAAAAAUACCUUACCAGGGAAAUCUUCGAUGCUCUUAAGACAAAGAAGACUUCUUUCGGUUCCAGUCUCUUGGACGUCAUCCAAUCAGGUAUUGAAAAUCCCGACUCUGGAGUUGGAAUCUACGCUCCUGAUGCUGAAUCCUACAGUGUAUUCGCCGAUUUGUUCGAUCCCAUCAUCGAAGACUACCACAAGGGUUUCGCCAGGACCGACAAGCAUCCACCCAAGAACUGGGGAGACGUCAGCGUGUUUGGCAACUUGGACCCUGCUGGUGAAUACGUCGUAUCUACCCGUGUGAGAUGCGGUAGGUCCAUGGAAGGUUACCCCUUCAACCCCUGCUUAACCGAAGAGCAAUACAAAGAAAUGGAACAGAAAGUGUCCACCACUCUGUCUGGUCUUGAAGGAGAACUCAAGGGUACUUUCUACCCCUUGACUGGAAUGAGCAAAGAUGUCCAACAAAAAUUGAUCGACGAUCACUUUUUGUUCAAAGAAGGUGACAGAUUCUUACAGGCGGCCAACGCUUGCCGUUUCUGGCCAUCUGGACGUGGUAUCUACCACAACGACAACAAAACCUUCUUGGUGUGGUGCAACGAAGAAGACCAUCUUCGUCUUAUCUCCAUGCAAAUGGGUGGUGACUUGGGAGAAGUCUACCGUCGUCUCGUAACCGCCGUCAACGACAUCGAAAAACGUAUUCCAUUCUCUCACCACGACCGUCUUGGUUUCCUUACUUUCUGCCCAACCAACUUGGGUACCACUGUACGUGCUUCAGUACACAUCAAAGUACCAAAAUUGGCUGCCAACAAGGCUAAGCUUGAAGAAGUUGCCGCUAAAUACAACUUGCAAGUGCGCGGAACCAGAGGCGAACACACUGAAGCUGAAGGAGGCAUCUACGACAUUUCCAACAAGAGACGUAUGGGCCUUACUGAAUUCGAUGCCGUCAAGGAAAUGUACGACGGUAUUGCUGAACUGAUCAAAAUUGAAAGGGAAUUAUAAAUAUAUCAAUAAUACAUUCGUGGUUAUUUUAUUAAGUAAGCAAUGUUGAGAAUUUUUGUUUAAGUUAGCGGAGAAUGCUUACUGCAUUCGAAACUCGAAAAAUUACUAUAGAGUAUUUCAAGCUUCUAGUUGGCAUUAUUUUUUUGAAAGCCGUUGAUAAUGUCACAUUAGAAAGGAUCUUCAGUUAUUAAUUAUUUAUAUUUAUUUAUUGUAAGUAUUAAUUUAAUUUGCAACAAAAAAGUCGUUGAAAUAAAAGACAUAUUACCAGUGUUAUUCAUAUUUUUAUUUGGCCUGACUGAACUCGGGACUUUUUGGAAUUUUCAUGAAUAGGUACUUAAUCCAUAUGAUAUCGACUCUCUAAAGGAAGCCAAAGAA